AUGGACAAUAUCAUCGAUUUGGGGAUUUUGGAGGAGCCUUCACUUUGUUUCAGUUCUCUUAAUACAUCGUGUUUGAAGAUUGAUUAUCCUCUGGAAGUUCGGGUUUUACUCUACAUCCUCUUUAGCACUUCUUCUCUUAUCACUGUGAUUGGAAACCUGCUUGUGAUCAUAACUGUUGUACAUUUCAGACAAUUACGCACAUCAACUAAUUACCUCAUUCUCUCUCUGGCUGUUGCUGAUCUGCUUGUAGGAGGAAUAGUGAUGCCUCCUAGCAUGAUCCGCUCUGUGGAAACUUGCUGGUACUUAGGAAGCACCUUUUGUAAAAUACACAGCAGUUUGGAUGUCACUGUGUGCACUGCAUCCAUUUUAAACCUGUGUAUUAUUUCUUUAGAUCGAUAUUAUGCUGUAUGUCACCCGCUUCUGUAUUACAGUAAAAUGACUCCUACUACCAUCAGAUUCAUGAUUGUUGUGUGUUGGGGCAUUUCUGCAGCAACUGGGUUUGGGAUGAUAUUUCUGGAGCUCAAUAUUCUUGGAAAUGAAGAGUUUUAUUACAAUACCUUCCUUUGUGAGGGUGCAUGUACGAUUUUUCAAACUAAAGUAGCAGCCCUGGUGCUUCCUAUGCUCUCCUUUUACAUCCCUGCAGUAAUCAUGCUUUGUGUGUAUGUGAAAAUCUUUCGCACUGCACAAAGACAAGCUUGUGCAAUUCAAUCCACAAAUGCACAGAUGAAGACAACCGAGGAAAAAUCCACUAUAAGCAAGUCUGAAAGGAAGGCCACAAAAACAUUAGCCAUAAUCAUGGGAGUUUUUCUGACUUCAUGGGUGCCUUAUUUUACCUGUACCUGCAUAGAUCAAUUUACAGAAUAUUUAGUUCCUGCAGUUGUGUAUGAUGUCUUAAUCUGGGUGGCAUAUUUCAAUUCAACAUGUAAUCCCAUAGUGUAUGCAUUUUUCUACAGCUGGUUCAGACAUGCUUUUAGAGUCAUUUUGUCUGGUGAAAUAUUCCUGGCUCAUUCUUCACACACCAAAUUGUUUUAAUUGCUUGUUUUAUAAUUUUCACAGGUGAAACAAACCUGUUGAAUGUGUAUAAAUCUGAGGCAAACAGAUGAUAUCAUCGGCUGCCUCCAUUCCCUAUUUA